GUGACAGAGGCGGAUGGCCUUGGCCACGCGGGACUGCUGGUUCCACGCGCGCCUUCUUCACGCUGGACUUUGCUCUUCCAUCUUCUUUUCUUUCUCGUCACCGCUCCGCUUCUGUGUCCCCCCCUUCCUCGCCCACCUCCUGCCGGGGGGAGGAGAAGGAGCUUGGAGAGGCUGGAGGAGUCUUGCUGGAGGAGUCGGAGGAGAGCGGGUACAAGAUAUUCGCUUCCUGGUCGAUGGAUUUCUUACUGGCAACACAGCAAAAUUUCUGUUAAACAAGCGAGUGAAGCAUGGGUGACUGGAGCUUUCUGGGGCGGCUGCUGGAGAACGCUCAGGAACACUCCACCGUGAUCGGAAAGGUCUGGCUGACCGUCCUCUUCAUCUUCCGCAUCUUGGUGCUGGGCGCGGCGGCCGAAGAAGUGUGGGGCGACGAGCAGUCGGACUUCACCUGCAACACGCAGCAGCCCGGCUGCGAGAACGUCUGCUACGACGAGGCCUUCCCCAUCUCUCACAUGCGCUUCUGGGUGCUGCAGAUCAUCUUUGUGUCCACGCCCACCCUCAUCUACCUGGGUCACGUGCUACACAUCGUGCGCAUGGAGGAGAAGAGGAGGGAGCGGGAGGAUGAGAACAGGAAGUUGGGGCGGCACCUGGAGGACCACGACCCCCUCUACCACAACGGAGACGGAGGGGGUGGCUGGAAGAAGGAGAAGCCGCCCAUCCGUGACGAGCACGGCAAGAUCCGCAUCCGCGGGGCGCUGCUGAGGACCUACAUCUUCAACAUCAUCUUCAAGACCCUGUUUGAGGUGGGCUUCAUCCUGGGACAGUACUUCCUCUAUGGCUUCCACUUGAGACCCCUCUACAAGUGCCGCCGCUGGCCCUGUCCCAACACCGUGGACUGCUUUAUAUCCAGGCCGACGGAGAAGACCAUCUUCAUCAUCUUCAUGCUGGCGGUGGCUUGCGUGUCUCUGGUGCUCAACCUGCUGGAGAUCUACCACCUGGGUUGGAAGAAAGUCAAGCAGGGCGUCACCAACGAGUUUGCCGCCGACAACGAGUCGCUGCUGCUGGGUGCGGUACGAGGCGGCGACGCCAAGACUCUUCCCGAGGAGGUUAGUCAGCCCGCGCUGGACUGCUUGCCCACGUACGCCAGCGUGAGCGCGGUCGGGGGCAGCGCGGCCGAGGGCGGCGCCGACAGUCCGACGGAGGUGGUCUCUUUAAGUCCUGACAUGACGAGCGGUUCUGUCAAGUUGGCCCGCGCGUUGUUCCACCCAGAUGACCUCCUGUUACAGUCCUUCUACGGUGGUGGCCAGCUGACAGCAGAGGAGCAGAACUGGAGCAACAUGGCGCUCGAGAUGCACGACGCCGACGGGAAAAACUCUUACCCCCCUCCCUCGCCGCGGAUCUCCUCCUCCUCCUCGCACGCGGAGGAGGAGACCACGACUCCGCCUCCUCCGCCAGAGGCGCAACACUCCACCUUUCCGACGCUCCCUUGCCACGCCCGUCUCUACCUUCUCUCGCUGGAGGAGGCUUUGGCGAGCAAGGAGAAAGCGUUGCCGAGCGACCACGUCACCGUGGUGACCAAGGCCGAGAUGCAUCAGCCCCCCGACGUGCAGAAGCCGAGGAGCGGCGGCGCCCGAGCUCGCCCUGAUGACCUGGCCGUGUAGCGACUACGCGUGAACACAACACACAUACAAGACAAGUAGCGAUAUUUGAGUCUGGACAUGACCUCCACCAAGGUCCACUCACUGGAUCAGCACCAAACUGUCCCCCUCCCUCCUGUGUACUGUAUACCUGCAUUUUUCAUCGCAAAUGUUUCAAAAGCUGACGGUAGCUAACGCUUCGUGGUUUCCGUGGGAGAGAUAAGUAUUUGAUCCCCUGCUGAUGUUGUACCGCCCCUCCCCCCAAAGAUAAGAACAGUACAUCAUCUUUAUGGUAGCUUCACUGCAGGGGUGUCCAAAGGUUGUUUUUUUUUUUUUUAUUGACACAUUCUAAAAAAAAUAUCAGUUAACAAGACAAGUAAACAAAAAAAAAAACAAUUUUACAACAAUAAAGUCAAAAUAUUAAGAGAAAUAAGGUGUAAUUUAACGAGAAAAGUCAUCAUUUUACGAGGAUAAAGUCGUAAAAAUAAUGUCAGAGUUGACAUAUUCAAGAAAAAAGAUGUGUUUUUUUACGUCGUAAUAUUAUGAGAAACAAACAAAACAACAAAUAAAGUGGUCAGUUUUGGAAAAUUGUGUUGUGAAAAAAGUUACAAUACUACGAGAAUAAAGUCUAUGGGAAUAAAGCACUAAGGGAAUACAGUUUAUGGGAAUAAAGUCAUAAUAUUACGAGGAGAAAAUUUACGAGAAGAAAGCUGAAAUAGUUGGGGAACAAAAGCAUACUGGUAAAUGGAAAAAACAGCUGUAAUCCUCACAGAAUAAAGUAAAAAUACUGAUUGCAUCUAAAGAGAAGAAAGGCAAUUUUACAAGAAUAAACUUGUAAUAUUAUAAGGAAAAAUAUUAGAGUUGAAAUAAUAAAACAAAAUAUGUCGUAUUGUUUCAAGUGGCAAUAUUUUGAGAAAAAAAAUCUAAAUAAGGUUGCCAUUUUUGGAAAACCGGGUUGCAGACAAAGUUAUUCUGUUGAGAAUAAAGUCAAAAUAUUAUGAGGAAAACAUUUACAAGAAUAAAGCUGAAAUACUGUAGUUGGUUAAAAAAAACACAGAAAUGGGAAAAAACUCCGCUGUAAUCCUCAGAGAAUAAAGUCAAAAUAUUGAGAGGAAAAAAGUUGUAUUCUAAACCAAAAAAAAGUUGAUUUUAAGAGAAUAAAAUUGUAACAUUCCGAGGAAAAAUAAUAGAGUUGAAAUAGUAAAGAAAAAAUGUGUCAUAUUGGGUUUUUUUUAAAGUGAUACAAACAAAAUAAAGUUAUAAUUUCGGGGGGAAAACUUAUAAUGUCAUGGGAAUAAAGUCAUAAUCACAAAAAGAAAAUUUCAGGAAGAUUAUUUAUGAAGAAAGUUGACAUAUUUGGAAAAUAAAAAGAGCGAGGUUGAUAUGAAUAAUGUAGUUUUUCAGCUCCAUGCCAAAGAUGAGAUGCACUUUUUUCUUGAAAUAUACAUCACUUCUUAGCAUGUUUUGCAAAAUCUGAAAACGGUCCUCACUAGAACAAGUUUGGACACCCCUGUCCUCAGCAAAGGCCACUGACUGUUACCUUGGAUUUUGUCCUCCUUUUUUUCCUCAAGCUUGUUGUUGAUGGACUUGUAGUCCAUUCGGGUCAGCUCUUUGGUCUUGCCCGUGGUGAUGUGAUGGAGAGUUGUGAGUCUUUGUGUGACGGGUGUCUUUUAUCCAAAUCAUGAGUGGAGAUUGGAAGUACAGAAUGCUCGCUGGUUGGUUGGGGGAUCAAAUACUUCUUUCACUCAAUCAAAUACAAACUCAUUGAUCAUUUUUUUUUACAUUCCGUCACUCUCUGUUAAAUAAAUGUACCAUAAAAAUGAUGUACUGUUCAUAUCUUUGUAAAAGAGUGUACAUUUCCAAAAUCAGCAGGGGGUGAAAUCCUGAUUUCCACAUGUCAAAGCAUGAUAUCAGUUGAAUACACAGUAUAUCAACGAUAUCAGUUGUAAAUGUUUCUCACACGUGACACAUCCGUGCCGUGACAAAAGCGCUGCAACGUUUGUAGGAAAAGACGAAAAGACGUGCCGUGACUCGUGUGUUGGCGCAUCCUUGCUGGCUGAGGCUUCACGGCCGAAGAUCACGCACACCGCCGCCUGUUAUUCCGCUCCCAAUCAUCCAAUUCAUUGUUUUGACUGCUUCCACGGUUCUCAUCCCAGUCAAAGCAUUCUGAUACGAAAACAUUUGCUUCAAAGCCAUUUUCCAUAUCUCAAAAAUUCCCACUUUCCCCAAAAUUCCACAUUUUCUAAACACAAAUGAAAUUCUACAUUUUUCAAUCAAUCCCAUUUCCACAUCUCAAAAAUCCCCACUUUACUGGAAAUUCUAAAUUUUCCAAGCACAUAUAACUUUUGAUCCAAAAAAUAAAUCCUGACUACUUAUGCAUUUCUCCACCGAUUCAAGACAUUCCAACUUCAAAACUGUCAGGCAAUCCAAUUUCCAUAUCUCAAAAAUCCCCACUUUUCUGUAAAUUCCUGAUUUUCCAAGCACAAAUACCUGUUGAUCAUAAAAAUACGUACUACUUUUGCACUUCUCCACCAAUUCCAGCCAUUCCAAUGUCAAAACUAUCAGCCUAUUCAAUUUCCUAUAUCAACAUGACCACUUUUCACAAAAAUCCUCAUUUUCCAAGCACAAAUUCCCUUUGUCUAAAAAAAUGUGUAUUAUUUCUGCAUUUCUCCACCAAUUCAAGCCAUUUCAACUAUCAGUUCUGCCAAUUUCCAUAUCUCAAAAAUCCCCACAUUUCUGGAAUUGUCUAAUUUUCCAAGGACAACUACCUUUUUAUCUCAAAAAUUUGUACUGCGUCCUCAUUUUUCCACCAAUUUAAGCUAUUCUAACGUCAAAACUGACAGGCUAUCCAAUUCCCAUAUCUCAAAAAUCCUUACUUUUCUGGAAAUUCCUGAUUUUCCAAGCAAAAUACCUGUUCAAAGUUAUACAAUUUCUGAAAUUGUCUACUUUUCCAAGGACAACUUCCUUUUGAUCUAAAAAAUUCGUACUACUUCCGCAUUUUUCCACAGAUUCGAGCCAUUCCAAUAUCAAAACUGUCAGGUUAUCCAAUUUCCACAUCUUAAAAAUCACCACUUUUCAGGAAAUGCCUAAUUUUCCAAGCACAAAAACCUAUUGAUCUAGAAAAUUCUUACUACUUCUACCAAAGUGCAGCUCGUUUAGUCUACAGGUGAAAUAUAACACGGCCCGCAAUUACACAGAAAACAAAGAAAAUCCCCCGAAAAUACCACCCACAAAGCAAAAUAGCCGACCGCGUGGCUGAUUUCCUGUCAGUUGGACAAUGGCGACGGGCAUUUCUUACGCUCAGAGGGGGCGCCACUGAGCAGGUUUUGCAAAUGAUAAUGAAUAAUGCCUCCCUUUUUCUAUAACAUGUGGACACCUCUGGAUUAACAAGUAGCUUUGGCAACAGUACAACGUCUUCAGCAUUGUCUUUUCUGUGAGACACAUGAGGAGAGGUUUGCACUUUUGUUUCUUGUUGUUGGGGACGAUGGAGCUGGACGGCUGUGUUGGACGUGUGCGUUGUGUUAGAUGUGUAUUGUUUCAGUGUUGACACAAACACACAUCUCGGCUGCAUACUUGUUAACCCUCCCAUUUUCACCAGGAAACAUGUCCUUCUUUCCCACUACGGUCCCAUUUUUAGAAUAUUUUUCCCAUCCAUCCAUUUUUAUCUGCUUAUCCAGGUCCGAGUCCCUGGGGGCAGGAGUCUCUGUAAGGAAGUCCAUACUUCCGAGUCUCCGGCACAUCUUCCAGUUCUACCGCAGGGAGGGUCACCAGAGGACAGCUCUGAGACGUAAUCCCUUCAGCGUGUCCUCGGUCUGCCCCGGGGCCUCCACCUGGUUGGGCAUUACACAGAACACUUGACCAUGGAGGCAUCCGGACGAGAUGCUCGAGCCAACUCAACUGGCUACUCUCUGCUCCACCCAUAUGGCCGAGCUCGUCAUCCUAUCUCCCGAGGGAGGAAACACAAAGCUCAUGACCACAGGUGGUUAGGUGGGAACAUAGAUCGACCGGUACAUUGAGAGCAUUGUCACCAACCAGUCUAUUUACGGACCUUUGCCGGUCGAUCUUGAAAACAUAUAUAUAAAAAAUAAUUGGAUUGAACUCCAACAUACAGCUCCUGAGCCAGGUGGCAACAACAAUUGCCAAACCUGCCCGUCGCGUCUCACUGCUGGCGACCCCAGAGUGGAGCAGACCAGCCUGUUUUAGUACCUCGGGGUCUCGUUCACGAGUGAGGGAAGGAUGAGAUACGAGACGGACAGGCGGAUUGGUGCGGGGUCAGCAGUGAUGCGGACUCUGCAUCGGUUCGUUGCGGUGAAGAGAAAGCUCAGCCUAGAUAAAUCUUGGGGGCUACGGCGGCACGGAUCGUUAAGGCUGACUGGCGUAACACAUUGACCGGAUCCAGCCGCGACAAAACUCACCCUUGCCCCUCAACCGUCAUCGCUUGCCCGUGACAGGAAGCCAUCAAGCCAAAUAGUUUGCUCACAGAGCUGACGCCACACCCCAAACCCCGAACUCUUGCCAACGUCAUGGCAGCCACCAGGGAUCUUGGGCUCAAAAAGGUUGGAAACUACCGCUGUGGUCAGUAAAUUUAAGCCUUCAAAUUAAAAGCGUGCCAGUACAGUCGGUCGGGUCUUUAAACCAGCAUACCGGCUGGUGAAAAUUCUAGUGCGAAGACCACACUUUCCCUUAUUUUCUGGAAAAUGUCCCUUAUUUUCAAAUGCAAACGUUGCCAGGUAUGCUCUGCUGUCACAUCAGGGUCAACGCUAAAUAUGUCUAAAGUAUAUGAACAGUAUAUCAUCCCAGGUGCAAUGCAGUAGUACAAUAUUAGAUUUUUGAAAUGGUUCAAAUGCUGGUGUUGGUCCAAUCCAGGAAAAUGUCUCAUGUCGAGUCAUGACGGCAAAUGUUUGAGUGACAUCGCCGAGUGUCUCCGAGGGUCUUUUGGGUUGGGGGACGUGAUGUACAUCUUCUUUCUGAUGCUUGUGUUUGCAGUGGGUUACAGAACUGUUGACUUCCUUCUAGCUGUUCUGUAUAGGACGACUUUUCUUUUCUAGACUAGCUGUAGAUGACCAUUGCGGCUUUUAGAUUUGAGGCAGGGUCAAAGAAGACAAAGCAACACGAUCUCCCUUUUUUGUUGUAUUGAACAGUGCAUCAUUUUUAUGGGUUUUAUGCAAAAGACAACAUUAAAGUAGAAAAAUUUCCUUGCAGAUUGCUCGCAUGUUACAUGCACAGUGUGGCCAGAAAGGGUGGGUUCCUAAUAAAGUGGCCGUUUUCAAGUUUGGUGGUCAGUUACGUUGCCAUGGUUACACAAAACGUGAGCAAACAUAAAGAGGGCUCUUUCCCCAUCGAGACCUAUCCGGUGACAUAAUAGGUGUUGAAGUUCUUCGCACGGUGUGGUCUGUAGGUGGGGGGCCUAAUCAAGUGGCCCGUUUUCCACUUAGUUCGUCAUUUACGCCACCAGGGUUACCCACGUUGUUACAAACUGUAAACAGCUCACUUCCGCUCAGUCGAGACCUAUCCGGUGAUGCAACGCGUGUCGGGGUUCUUCGCACGUUGUCGGCUGAAGCUAGGGUGCCUAAUCAAGUGGCCCAUUGUCCACUUUUCUGUGGUUACACAGAAUGUUGCAUAGUACGUAUGUUACACUGGUUGCGGCACAAGAAGAUAUCACAAUUAUCAUAAAGUACGAGGAGUAAUAGAAUGGGCCUGCAAAGCGAAGCGCCCUUAAAAUAAGUAUUUGAUCCCCUACCAACCAGCCAGCAUCCUGAACCUCACAGACUGUGUGUUCUUUUUUUAAAUUUUAGUCCUGGUCCCUUUAGGAAAGUGCUCAUAAUUUCCACUCACGAUGCAUAUAAAAGACACCUGUCUCACAAAAACUGUCUUCCACGGGCAAGACCAAAGAGCUGGCCUCAGGGACGAGAUUGCAGACCUGCACCAGACUGGAAUGGACUACACGUUUGACACGAAAACACCUGACGGCUCACACAAAAUGGAGCUCCUUGGCAUCAACGCUGUGCUGCCAAAGCACCUUCGUGUUGGCGUCCGCGACUUAUUUCACGCAGUCUUUUUUUUCUCAUCAAAUAAAUCAAUGUACUGUUCAUAUCUUAUAAACGUACUUACAGUCAGCAGGGGAUCAAAUACUUAUCUACGUCCCACCUGAUCCAGAGGUGAUUCUAGAGCAGGGGUGUCCAAACGUUUUUCCCAGCGACGAGGGCCACAUAGUUCAUAUAAAUAUGCUAAAAAGUGAUAAUACAUUAAAAAAAGGUGCAUCUCGGCUUUGUCAUAUAGUUGAAAAACAUAUCAUUCAUAUCAGCCUCACUCUUUGCUCUUUUUUUCCUAUUUUUGCUGUUUUUUUUUAAAGAUUUCCUAAAUAUUUUGACUUUCUUCGUAAAUAAUCCCAAGAGGUUUUCUUCUUGCAGUAUUUUGACUUCAUUCCCAUAAUAUUAUAACUUUUUCUCCAAGCUCAUUUCCUAAAAAUGACAACUUUAUUUAGCUUCUCAUAAUAUUACAACUUAAAAAAACCAACAUAUUUCUCUGCAAUAUUUCAACUCUAUGCUACUAAAAUGAUAUUAUUUUUCCUAAGUUGAUCUCGUAAAAAAGCUUUUUCGGUCAUUAAAAUACAACUUUUUCUCUUUAAUAUUUUUGACUUUAUUCUCGUAAAAUUACAUAAAAUUUUAGGUGUUUAUUCAAUUUAUGCUGUUUUUUUAAAUUUUCAGACUAUUUUGUAUUUUUUGUGUGUAAGUUUUCUUCUCGUAAUGAUGACUUUUUUGCCAUAUUAUUAGAACUUAACUUACCUUAACUUAACCUGAUUUUCCAAAAAUGGCAACUUUAUUUAGUUUUGUUUGUUUCUCAUAAUAUUACGACUUAAAAAACAAACAAACAUACUUUUUGUGUAAAAUGUCAACUUUCUGCUUCCUUUUUCCUAAUAAUAUUACAAAUUUAUUCUCGUAAAAUUGUGAAAUUCUAUCUUGUUAUAAUAUGACUUUUUUCUAUUUUGACUAUUCUUGUAAAAUUACAGCUGAUUUUUCCAUUUCUGCUGUUGUUUCUUUUUGUCAUUUUCCAACUAUUUCAUCUUGCUUUGUGUACAUUUUCUUCUCGUGACUAUGACUUU